AAAAAGCAGCCGCGUAUAUAUAGAGCACACGUAACCUGCCCUUUCCCUUACUCUUCUUCCCCCCUCCCACACUGCACAGAGAAUGCGCAGUUAUACACUUGCUGCGUGCUCUUCCUUGCACUUCCACGCCAUUAAUGUGCUUCAGUGAUAAAGCGUGACAUUUCGCUUUUUCACGGAUUUUCUCCCAGUAAUCCUCUCCCCUACCUAUAGCUGGAGCUGCCUAUGUACUCCUACUCUACUACUCUGUUGCAGAACCCCUCUUCCUAAUUCUUCAUAUUGCCCUGAAGAUAUUGGCCCCGCACCUUUUUUUGCUGUUUAGGUAUUCUCCGUGAACGAGGUGUUGUGGGAGUCAGAGACGUGUCAAUGGAGUUGAGCAAGGUGACGCUGGAGAUUUUCUCCAAGCUGGAGCAGAAGUGGCUGUACCACUGUGAAGGUAAGAAAACACGUGUUUUGAGCAUUGACGGUGGUGGAACUACCGGCAUUGUUGCAGGAGCUGCCUUGGUACAUCUGGAGGACCAGAUCCAAGCCAAAACUGCCGAUUCCAACGCUCGAAUCGCUGAUUUUUUCGAUAUUGUUGUCGGCACUGGAAUCGGCGCCCUCCUCGCCGCAAUGCUCGUCGCUGAUGACGGCUCUGGGCGCCCGCUCUUCUCCGCAAGAGACGCUGUUAAGUUCCUAUCGGAAAAUCAAAUGGAGCUGUUCAAACUCAAAAGUGUCGGCGUUUUCCGCCGGCGAAUGAGGUUUUCUGGCAAGGGCAUGGACAAAGUGUUGAAGGAGGCGUUCCGGAGAGAUGACGGCAAGUUUUUAACCCUAAAGGACACGUGUAAGCCUCUCCUUGUCCCCUGCUUCGACUUGAACAGCUCGGCGCCGUUUGUUUUCUCUCGAGCAGACGCUUCCGAGACGCCGAGCUUCGACUUCGAGCUCUGGAAAGUCAUUCGAGCCACGUCGGCGACGCCGUCGAUGUUCAAGCCAUAUAAGCUGACCUCCACCGAUGGAAAGACCUCCUGCUUGGCAGUGGACGGCGGACUCGUAAUGAACAACCCUACCGCCGCCGCCGUUACUCACGUUCUGCACAACAAACGAGAUUUUCCGUCUGUAACCUCUGUAGAUGAUCUGCUGGUGCUGUCAAUCGGCAAUGGACCAUCGAGCAGUCCGUCGAGGAUGAAGCUCAACCGCAGCGGCGACCUCUCGACCGCAUCAGCCAUCGGCAUUGUCCUCGACGGCGUUUCCGAAACCAUCGACCAAAUGCUCGGCAACGCCUUCUGCUGGAACCCCAACGAUUACGUCAGAAUUCAGGCCAACGGCACGGCGGAGAGAGCGGAGGAGGUGCUGGCGGAGAAAGGAGUAGAAUCGCUGCCGUUUGGCGGGAAGCGGUUGCUGGCGGAGAGCAAUGGAGAGAGGGUGAGUGGGUUCGUGCAACGACUGGUGGUGACAGGGAGGAGCAGCCUGCCGCCGAGCCCGUGCAAGGAAACGGCCGUUAGUCCACUUGUUAACGGGCGUUAGUUGGGGUUUGGUUCUGUGUUUUUGGGUGUUUUUCUAAUUGAGUUUUUUCAAUUAGCUUCCAUGUCAGAUUACUUUAGUUAACUGUCCCUAUUGUCAACUUUUAACCA